GGUCCACCAUAUCUGAAACUCGCAAGCUCAACAAAACUCUUACUAUUUCAUCACACAGACCGCCAAAUUAUGGAUAAAUCAAAACAAAAAAAUGUACCCAUCACCAAUCACCACCACCACCACCGCCGCAAACCCUCCUCCUCUCCACCACCCCACACCACCAGACACCAAACCCGCCGCCCAAUUCUCCCAGAAAUCAACCCUCCACCUCCUCAACACCACAUGCACCUCUUCAUUACAACAUCUCAGGCAAGCCCACGCCGUAAUUCUACGAACAGCACAGUUCCACGACCAUUACGUUUCCGGCACGUUAGUAAAAUGCUACGCAAAUUCUCAACUCAGCAAUCUUGAUACAGCUUUUAAAGUGUUUGAACAUAUCCCAAACCCUAAUGUUUUUGUUUAUAAUGUAAUUAUUAAAGCUUGUUUAGACAAUAAUGAGCCGUUUAAGGGUAUGUUUUAUUAUUACAAGAUGGUGGCUGAAAAUGCCAGGCCGAAUAAGUUUACUUAUCCGACAAUGUUUAAGAUUUGCGGGUUAAUGAGAGGUGUUAAAGAGGGUUUGCAGUUGCAUUGUCAUGUGGUUAAAAAUGGGCUUAGUUUAGAUGGGCAUAUCAAAAGCGCUGGGAUUCAAAUGUAUGCGGGGUUUGGUCAUAUGGUGGCUGCAAGAAAAAUGUUGGAUGAGGAUGGGGAGUGUGAUGUGGUUUGUUUUAAUGUUAUGAUUGAUGGGUAUUUGAAAUGUGGUGAUGUUGAGUCGGGUAGGGGUUUGUUUGAGAGAUUGGAGGUUAAAAAUGUUGGUUCUUGGAAUGUUUUGGUGUCUGGUUUGGCUAAAAAUGGGAUGGUUAGGGAAGCGCGGGAGGUGUUCGAUGAAAUGCCUGUGAGAGAUGAUAUAUCUUGGAGUAGUAUGAUUGAUGGGUAUGUGAAAGGCGGGUUUUAUAAGGAAGCGUUGGAAGUGUUUGAUUUAAUGCAAAAACAAGAGAUUAAGCCGAAGAAACAUGUUUUGUCGAGUGUUUUAGCGGCGUGUGCUAAUGUGGGUGCUCUUGAUCAAGGGAGAUGGAUUCAUUCCUAUGUGAGGAGGAAUCCUAUUUACUUAGAUGCGAUAUUGGGUACUGCUUUAGCGGAUAUGUAUGCGAAAUGUGGCCGGCUUGACAUGGCUUGGGAUGUUUUCGAGACGAUGAAGGAGAAGGAAGUUUUUACUUGGAAUGCGAUGAUUUGUGGGUUGGCAAUGCAUGGUAGAGCGGAAGAUGCUAUUGAUAUGUUCUUCAAGAUGCAAAGAGAGAAAUUUAGGCCAAAUGGGAUAACUUUUGUUGGUUUGUUGAAUGCUUGUGCACAUAAAGGAAUGGUGGGUGAGGGUCUAAGGAUGUUGGACUCUAUGGAGAGAGUGUAUGAUAUUGUUCCUCAACUGGAGCAUUAUGGGUGUGUGGUUGAUCUCUUAGGAAGAGCCGGAAAAUUAGAAGAAGCGGAGGAGCUUAUAUUUUCAAUGCCGAUUGAACCAAAUGCUGCUGUUUGGGGUGCAUUAUUAGGUGCUUGUAGGAUACAUGGAAAUGCAACUUUAGGUGAAAGAGUAGGGAAGAUAUUGCUUCAAUUAGAGCCAGAAAACAGCGGCAGAUAUGCGUUAUUAUCGAAUAUUUAUGCUAAGGCUGGAAAAUGGGAUGAAGCUGCAAAUGUAAGGAAGCUAAUGAAAGAAAGAGGAGUCAAAACCACUCCUGGAACCAGCAUGAUUGAUUUAGGUGGUGUUGUUCAUGAAUUCAAAGUAGGCGACGGGUCGCAUCCUAAGAUGAAAGAAAUCUACUCGAUGUUGAAAGAUAUGAUUGAGAAGCUUGAAAUGGCAGGCUACUCGCCGAAUACGUCUCAGGUUUUGUUCGAUAUCGACGAGGAAGAGAAGGAAACUGCAUUGCACUACCAUAGUGAAAAGCUUGCAAUUGCUUUCGGAUUGAUCAGCACUAAAUCUGGAACAACAAUCAGAAUAGUGAAGAAUCUAAGAAUGUGCCAAGAUUGCCAUUCUGCUGUCAAGCUCAUCUCUCAAGUGUAUGAUAGAGAAAUUAUCGUCAGGGACCGUGGUCGGUACCAUCAUUUUCGGAAGGGAACAUGUUCUUGCAAUGAGUUCUGGUGAUUUUUGCAGAAGUGGAACAAGUUAAAAGACUCAGUCUUAGAUGGAUGUAGAAGUUCCAAUUCCCUACAAGUUUCUAGAGAUAUUGUCUUUUCAAAUCCUCUCAAGUUCUGACUUACUAUGCAGAUAAAUAGUCUUUAGAUGCAAA